ACAGACAUCUCAGUGGGAGAGGAGGUGGCCAUCAAGCUGGAAUGUGUGAAGACCAAGCACCCACAGCUCCACAUCGAGAGCAAGAUCUACAAGAUGAUGCAGGGAGGAGGUGAGACAUGGGUCUAAAACCAUUAUACAGGGCCAGGCCUUACUGUGGGCUAUCAGUCCUGCUCUCUCUCUCUCCCCCCACUCAUCUCCUCUAUUCUCUUCCUCUCAUCUCCCCCUUCUUUCUAUCUACCCCCUCCAUCGCUCUUCCCCAUGUUCAUGUGGUUUUCACAUCGCUGGACAAGCAGGCAGGCAGUCAUCCACAUGAGUCAGUCAUGCCAGCCAGCAGCCUGAGAGAAUAGACUCAGUGGAACCUGUCAUCAGAUCACAGAGCCAGAGAAACAGCACUCGCGUGGGCUAAGCAUCGCACAGUAAAUCACGUUAAACCCCAUAGAGAAUGGGAUUUAAGUGAACUAGAGAUGGGUUUAAAAACAAAUUAACUGACCAUGAUUAAGUUGAAGUCAUCAGUUGAUUUCCCACUUCUAACCUCCCAUGUGUGUUUUUCCCUUACAGUGGGCAUCCCUACCAUAAAGUGGUGUGGAGCAGAGGGAGACUACAACGUGAUGGUGAUGGAGCUGCUAGGUCCCAGUCUGGAGGACCUGUUCAACUUCUGUUCCCGCAAGUUCAGCCUCAAGACUGUCCUGCUGCUGGCUGAUCAGAUGGUGAGACACAACUGAUGGAGCUGGUGUUCACCAACAGCAUUAAAUACUCAGCUCUUAGGCUGGCUAUUAGGGCCACUUGUAUCUUCUGAAGUUAUGGCCACUAUAUGCUAUGUAAUUUGCUUGCAUAUUCGCUAGCUAUUAUUUGUUAGCAAAUUAGAAGCGCAAAGUAAAGCUCUCCAGGAGGAGUAGUGUCCACUCCUGCUCUUAUGUAUGUGAAAAUAACCCUCUUCUUUUCCAGAUCAGUCGUAUUGAGUACAUCCACUCUAAGAACUUCAUCCACAGAGAUGUGAAGCCUGACAACUUCCUGAUGGGCCUGGGCAAGAAGGGCAACCUGGUGUACAUCAUCGACUUUGGCCUGGCCAAGAAGUAUCGUGACGCCCGCACACACCAGCACAUCCCCUACCGCGAGAACAAGAACCUGACUGGCACGGCACGCUAUGCAUCCAUCAACACACACCUGGGGAUAGGUAGGUUACACACACACACCCUGCACAUUGAUCUCACACACACACACACACACACACACACACUAUUCAAACAGGGCCAGUGUGUGACUUUCUCCUCCCUCCCUCUCUCUACAGAGCAGUCUCGUCGUGAUGACCUGGAGUCUCUGGGUUACGUCCUGAUGUACUUCAACCUGGGCUCUCUGCCCUGGCAGGGCCUCAAGGCCGCCACCAAGAGGCAAAAGUACGAACGCAUCAGCGAGAAGAAGAUGUCCACCCCUAUCGAGGUGCUCUGCAAGGGAUACCCCUGUAAGUAGUCUGAUUUAUAAUCUUUACUCCAUCCUGAUUUUAGCAUAAUUGAUUUGGACAAAGACACUCUUACUCUGUGCUUAGGUAUGGAUAUCUAGGAUGAUAAAGAAUUCUCACACUUUUCUCCCUCCUCACAGCGGAGUUCUCCACCUACCUGAACUUCUGUCGCUCUCUGCGGUUCGAUGACAAGCCGGACUACUCGUACCUGAGACAGCUGUUCAGAAACCUGUUCCACAGACAGGGCUUCUCCUACGACUACGUCUUUGACUGGAACAUGCUCAAGUUUGUGAGUACUGCCUCUAUUAAUUGUUCAUUAACCAGCUAUUAAACAAAUAUACUGUUUUUAUUACACAUGUUAAUAAUCCUCUUAACCAUUAGCAAAUGGUACCUCAGCGGCAGUUUCCUGAUUUAGUCUCCAUUUCUAUCCCUCUGACUGCCCCUAAUUCCAAGGGGGCCAACCGUGCAGCGGAGGAGGCGGAGCGGGAGCGGAGGGACAGAGAGGAUAGGCUGAGACACGGCAGGAACCCCGGGGCCAGGGGACUCCCUGCCGCCUCAGGACGACCCCGAGGAACACAGGACGGGGCGCCGCCUACCCCCCUCACACCCACCUCACACACAGGUUAGUGUCUCACUCACACACACACCUAGAUGACUUUGAUGUAUGCUUUACUUAACAAUGUGCAAUGUGAUUGUCUCUUGUCAUGGUCAGGAAGUGGAGUAUUUAUUUCUCCUGUCUCUUUCUCUCUCCUCUAGCCAACAUGUCUCCACGACCGGCGUCCGGUAUGGAACGGGAGAGGAAAGUGAGCAUGCGGCUUCACCGGGGAGCUCCCGUUAACGUCUCCUCGUCCGACCUGACGGGACACCAGGACACCUCCCGCAUGUCCACCUCACAGGUACAAGCUCGUCCCGUCUCCAGCCGCACCCCCUCGGCCCUCACCAGA